AUGGUUCGCAUGAACGUUCUUGCCGAUGCGCUCAACGCCAUCAACAACGCCGAGAAGCGCGGAAAGCGUCAGGUUCUCAUCCGUCCGGCCUCCAAGGUAUUUUUCUAACUCUUUAAAAAUUUAUAUUCACAUUAAUAGGUUCUGGCAGCCUCGGUCGAAAAUGAUCAAGGCUCUCCGUGAAUUUAGAAAAGUUUCUAGUUGAUUGUUUUUCUAACGUAUCGGAGACACCCUUGGUUAGAUUCUUUGUUUGGAGUCUUCCUGGGACGUGCGAGGUAAAAAUAAUCACUAUUACACAGUAGGCAAAGUACUAUUCGUAAAUUGAUCAUUCAGGUCAUCGUCCGCUUCCUGACUGUCAUGAUGAAGCACGGAUACAUCGGAGAGUUCGAGAUCGUCGACGACCACCGCGCCGGAAAGAUCGUUGUCAACCUGACCGGACGCUUGAACAAGGCCUCCGUCAUCUCGCCAAGACUCAAUAUUCGUCUUAACGUGAGUGCUUACCCUGUGGUAGGGAUGCAAAACAGGCGAUUUUAGGCGCAUGUUCUGCAUACCUACCCUGUGGAUCAUACUGUAGCCGCGGAAUCGCGUUCUUUCGUAUCCCGUGUGGAUUUAAUUUAUAUAAACUGAGUGGCACUGACAACAUUUGACAAUAGUAUUAUAGGGGCACCGCACAGAAAUGGCGCUCUGUUGAGAAACUCCGUUUGCAGUGCAAAUUGAGCGACCUCGGGGCCGAGUUCGAAAAGUUAGGCCACAUUUUCAGUGGAAAAUUACUUCGCGGCCUAGAAAUUCGGCCAGAUUGCGAACAGCACGCCCUUUCUGUCCGGUGCCCCUAUAAUAUAUAUGCUAAGAAGUUACAUAUAUGCAAAACAAAUUUUCAGGACUUGGAGAAGUACACCAACACCCUCCUCCCAUCGAGACAGUUCGGAUACCUCAUCCUCACCACCUCCGCUGGAAUUAUGGACCACGAGGAGGCCAGAAGAAAGCAUCUUGGAGGAAAAAUUCUCGGUUUUUUCUUCUAA